UGGGAAAAGGAGCGCCUGUGAGACGCAGCAGAGUCCGGACCGCAGCACCGGAGAACAACACAGUUCUCUGACACCGCGGAGGAAACGCAACCAAGUCUGUGUUUUUAUUCUGAAGAGACAUGGCAGCAGGGAGAAUGCGCUCUACUCGCAGAUUGCGCUCGUGGAUCGUCGAGCAGGUCAGCAGUGGGAAAUACCACGGGCUGAUGUGGGACGACGACGCCGAGACGAUGUUCCGCAUCCCGUGGAAACACGCAGGGAAACAGGACUUCCGUAAAGACGAAGACGCCGCCAUCUUCAAGGCGUGGGCGGCGUUCAAAGGCAAGCUGACAGACGCGAGCCAAGACACCCCGGCCACCUGGAAGACCCGUCUGCGCUGCGCCCUCAACAAGAGUCUAGAGUUUGUGGAGGUGAUGGAGCGAGCCCAGCUGGACAUCUCCGAGCCCUACAAGGUCUACCGCCUGGUCCCCAUCAGCGAGCAAGGUGUGGUGCUUCCUGAGAAGAAAUGUAGAGCAAAAGUCACCAAGAGGCAGAAAAAGAGGCGCAAUGAAUCUGAGAGCAGCGACGACACGGAGGUCAAGCAGAUCAAGAGGGAGGAGGUCACCUCACAGGUGUGUGUUGAAGACACUCUGGUGUGGAAUGUGAUCCCUGUGGAGACAGAGGAACCGGCUCAACACACCAACAUCCAGAGAGCCGUGGUUGAUGAGUUCAGGUUGGAUGUGCGGAUCGAGGAGAGCGUCACGGCUCCGGCUGAAGUCCAGGACUCCUUCAAUGUGGAGGUUCAAUAUUUAGGACACACGGUCCUCAAACGUCAAAUCCAGAGAAACGACGUCAGGAUAAUGUACUUGCCUUCCGCUCCCGUUGCCCCGACACCGGCCGUCCUGAAGGGCAGGUUUCCGCGCAUCCCGCUGCCGGAGCCGCCCUCCACGCUGCCGGCCGGCCCGGAGCUGCAGGCUCUGUUCACCCUGCUGCCCUUCAUGGAGAAAGGAGUGGUGCUGACCUCCUUGCCGGGGGGCGUUUACUGCAAACGCUUCUGCCAGGGGCGAGUCUUCUGGACGGGGCCGCACGUGACCACACCGGGGCUGCACAAGAUGGAGAGGAACACGGAGCCGGUGAUGCUCUUCAGUAAAGACACUUUCAAGCAACAACUGGACCACUUCGGUUUGAACGGCGGCGAGCCUCCUCAGUGCGGCGUCACUCUUUGUUUCGGAGAAGAGCUGAGUGACACCGAGGACCCGUCUGAGAAGCUCAUUAUAGUUCAGGUAAAUAUCACGUUCCCGUGGGCCGAGCAGCAGGUGCAGAACACUCGCUCCUUUAUAGAAUCCAUGAACAUGCUCCAGUCUCUGGCCAGUCAGUCUCCUCUGGGAGAAAUAACUCUGAACCUGGUCACUGUGACUUCACCAGACGCUGAGAUGAUCACCUGUGGGACCGACUGAGCACGUGAAGGAGGGGGAGGGGGGGGGGGUUUCGUUCCAAAAUAAGAGACAACCCAGGCUUUCAAAAUAAGAGUAUACAGGGCUGAGCGAUAUGUGCAUCACAUUAAAUGCAUCAUCUAAACUAACACCCCAACAGAAAGCACAAAACUACUUAAAGCACUUUUUUUUUUAUAACUGGAGAUCAAAACUUCAAUAUUGGACUUUUAUCUUUCCCCCAAAUGAUAUUGAACUUUAUCGGGAUGGACUUCGGCUCCUGCAGGUGGAGAACACUUUGUGAACUGGAAGCACUACAUUUAAACCAACACUUCCGUCUUCAGAGCUGCAACAAGAAGACAGAACUAUACCCCCCCCCCCCCCCCCCCCUGUGAUAGAUAGAGCUGCCUACACUUCAUGUAUUAAUCUUACAGUAACAUAAGGGAAGCACACCAUAAUAAACACAAUAGUUCAGUAGAGUAGCGAGAAAAUAUUUAUCUUGUAAUAUUUUUCACUUUUUUUUAAUGCCUGUUAGUCGACUCUAAAGUCACGUCUUCGUCACGUCUUCGUCACGUCUUCGUCACGUCUUCGUCACGUUCAGGUUUUGUAGUUAAACACAUGGAUACAUUUACAAUUGUGGGUUGAAGGAUAAAAAAGUUUCACACUGUUGAGGAGACUUCACUGGGACAGUCAGUGCAUUUUAUUUGUUAUGAACUCGUGUUCACCUUUAAGAGAAGGAUUCGUGUUGUGAGUUACUCUGAAUUCAGACAUUAGUUAUAAAAACUAGUUAUGGAUAAGUUAGGGGGAAACAAAAACACAAACAUCCGACAUUUCAAAACAAAAGUCUUGCAGUAAAGAGUCCGCUGACGCUCAGAAUAUCUUCGUCGGUUCCUGUUUCCUAAAGCAGUUCAUGAGACAUGUCCUCCACAUCACAUCAUCUUGUGGUCGUACACUAUAAUGUAGCCGUGCGCAGAUAUGAAGGAUAUUUCUAAGUGUUUAUUAAAGUACUACAUGACACCACUUAACAUACAGUGUGUUAAGUAUGUCCAACCUCUCAUGACGCUCUGAAACAACUUUGUUUUUACUGCAGGACUUUUGUUUUGGGAGGUGUUUCCGUUUUAUUGUCCACCCUGGAGAUUGUGAUGUACAUAGGAAUAAAAAGCAAAGACAACAUGACACAAGGUGCAUUGUAAUAGUCGUGAAAAGGUGUUUUUAAGGUGAAUUUUUAAAUCAGAAAGGUGUUGGGUUGGACUACAAGGCACACUCUGGGGGGGGGGGGUUGACUGCAGAGAUCUACCAAGCUGUAAAUAUUUUGUUAUUUAUGCAUGUCUAUAUGUUAUGUCCCUGUUCAGUCGAGAGGAUGCAUUAAAAAUAAACCUAACCUCUGGUUGUUAUAAAAAGAAUCACAUGCCGAUGGGUCAGAACAUAAAUUAAUCGGGCUCUAGUACAAACUGAGGCUACUUCUCGGUUUAGAUGUUCCCGUUGGCCGGCGACGCGAGCUCGGCUAUCUUGGUAUUGAGUUUCUGAUUGGUCCAGUCCUUUGUAAUGUCGUCCAAGUGGCUGUCAAAGUCCACCAGCAGCGUGUGAUCGCCCGACUCCAGCAUCUGACCGGCGAUGGCCCGAGUCUCCUCCCACUGUCUCAGCAUUAUCCUGAACACGGCGGGAAAGUUACUGUUAAUGUCAUUCAGCCGCUGUUACAGGACAUUUAUUAUUUCUGAUGACGACUCGUUUUAGGAAAAAGUCUAAGAGCAAAAAGUAAAUGAAAAAUAAAGUUUAAUUUAAAAUCACAUAGGAAACAAACCUCGAGGAUUUUAUACGCAGAUUAAAACAUAAAGGCAUCAAGAGCCAGUGAACAUUAACCCAACAACAUUAAUGUCAUUAGCACCUUUUAAAUUAACUAUCAUCUCGUGUUUUAGGGUUAGCGAUGGUGCAAUCAUGAACUAGAGGAAGGUUCAACAUUCAGCACUUCUGCUUUCAUUCUUAUCUUUCAGUUCAUAUUGGAUACAUCCUAUAAUAUCCUAUAUUAAAAUACAUUUGUGACGUGGAAA